UUAAUAUUUAUUAGCCGGGUAGGCAACUCGUCAACAGCUUUUACCCUAAUAUUUAAUUAAUUGUUGAAUUUAAAACACAAACUAUUAUUUUUUUUUUAAUCUACAAAACAAGUUCAGUACUUUGUUCAAUCAAAUACAUAUUAAUAAUUAUUAUAUUAUUUAUUUCAUUUAAUUUAACGGUAAGACGCACUCGAAUGUCUCUCUUUCUGGUGAAAAGGUGUAUAAAACAGAAUUACAACCGCAAUAUCGUAAUAAUUGUCUAGACAGUACAGCGUGUGAACGUGAAAAUUUUUAGUAAAAAAUAAAAUGACAGAGGAACACAGUAACUUUUAUAUGGAAAAAGAACUCCUGUCUCCAUACCACCACAUCCAGCAAGUGAAGGGAAAGCAGAUGCGCAUCAAGAUCAUCCUCGCCUUCAACCACUGGCUGCAGGUGCCGGAAGACAAGCUUCAAUAUUCUCUUGAGGUGUUCAAUCUGCUUCACAAUGGAGGAUUGUUGAUCGACGAUAUUCAAGACGACUCAGUAGUCCGCCGUGGGAUGCCAGCGGCUCACUGUGUAUAUGGUCUGCCGCUGACAAUCAACGCAUCUCUUCAUGUCUUUCUUUUGGCGAUGGACAAACUAUAUCACAUGAACCCGAAGGCAGGUAAAAUAUGUUCAGAGCACUAUCUAGACGUGAUUCGUGGCCAAGGUCUAGAACUGUAUUGGCGGGAUAAAUUCGUAUGCCCGACUGAAGAAGAAUAUGAAGAUAUGGUCCAUAGAAAGACUGGUGCCGCAUUUUUAAUGGUGGUUCGAACGCUCCAACUGUUUAGUGAAAACAAAACGGAUUAUGCGGAGUUUAUCAGAAUACUUGGAAAGUAUUACCAGAUUAGAGACGACUAUUGCAAUCUCACACAACAGGAGGCAUUAGAAGAAUGGCCAAACGCUGAAGACACCGAUGCAAAGGAGGCGUGUUUCUGCGAAGAUCUCACAGAAGGCAAGUUCAGCUUACCAAUCAUCCAUUCCCUCAAAACGAAAGAAGGAGGACAAAUAUUGAGUAUUCUACGGCAAAGGACUCGCGAUGACGAAGUGAAGCGACGCUGCGUAUCGCUGCUGGAGAAGGCCGGCAGUUUGGAAUACACGCGCCAAGUGCUAAGGGACCUUGACCGCGCGGCAAGGGCAGAGUUAUCUCGCCUCAACGGAAACCCGCUCAUGGAAGCAGUUCUCAACGAUCUCUUAAGUUGGCAAGAUCAAAAGAAAUCUCGCGAAUGCAGCGGGUAGACUAAAAAUCAGUGACGUCACGGACUGGAAUAAUAUCAUGCAUGGGCCCAAGGUUCGAACAGUCCAGACAAGACAGUCGAGAGGUCGUGAAACGAGAAGAUUUAAGUUUAAAAAAAAACGUGACGAUUUUUCUGGGACCCCAUCCAAUGAAUUCGGUAUUUCUCUCAGAUGUUAUAGUUAUGUUAAUGCUGAAAAUUAUAAACAAUUGUAUCAGUUUGCAUUUCUUCGAAUGUUUUAUGUAAGUAGGUUUUAGACGUGUUAUUUUCAAUUAAGUAUGUAUUUAUGCCUAUGUUUUAGUUUAGUCCAUAUUAUUUUUUUAAUUAAUAUUUAUUUAUUAACAUUUUAUAUUUAAAUAGUGGGAAUACACCAAAGAACGCCAACAAAGUAGUUUUUAUUGAACUAACUAUUCUGAAGUAUACCUAUCUUAAUAUCUAAGAAUUUUCAUUUAAUAAUUUAUCAUAAAAGCUUUCGCCUUUAUAAUAUUAUUUUAUUUUUAUUCUUUACAAGUUAGCCCUUGACUACAAUCUCACCUGAUGGUAAGUGAUGAUGCAGUCUAAGAUGGAAGCGGAUGUGUUAGGAGGAGGAUGAAAAUUCACACUCCUAUCCUUUAAUAUUAGUGUGAUUCUGAUUACCUCGAUGAGUAAUGCUAAAUCGAUUAUAAUGAAACUGCUUCCCGUAACAAAAUAAAACAAAUAACGAAAUUUAAAAGUGCUUUAUUCAUUUUUUUGUCACAAACUACAUAACUGCGACUCUACCAGUAGUCAAGGUUUUCGUUGGACCAAAAUGCUCCCAUACAUAAUAAAAUUAUUUUGACAUAAAUAAAAUCUAUUAUUACUAAAAAAGAAUUAUAAUUUAUAUUAAUUUUAAAUUUCAUUACUACAAAGAAAAAAUACAUUAAAAUCUAAAAAAAACAUAUACAAAUAAUCUCUCUUAAAUUGAAACUAUAAUAAAAAAAAGACAAGCAAUAUUUUCAUUUUCUUUCAAUGGAAAAAACAUAAUGUUUUAUCACAAUGUUAUGGACUCUAGCACUCCCAGUAGAUUUUCUAUCAAAUAUACAUAAAGUUACAAUUUAAAAGUAAGCAAAUUUUUUUU